AUGUGGGGCGCCAGAACGAAGACCUUCGGCUUGACAUAUUGUGCCGUCAAAUGUGACCCGCACCUUUGCAACUCGUCUAGACUGAGCGUUGAGAGAGCACCCCUGCGGCUACAUGUCCUUCAAUGGCAGGCUUGCGAGCCUGCAUCUUCGCCCGCGACAUCACCGGAACCUCUAGACAUCCCGCCAGGCUCUUUCCGCCUUGCCGUCAAAGACAACAUCGCAACGGCCGACUUGCCUACGACAUGCGCCUCGGACAUCCUCUCCAACCAUGUCAGCCCCUAUGACGCGAACAUUGUGCGGCAGCUCAAGGCGCGUGGGGCCGUCGUUGUCGGCAAGACCAACCUCGACGAGUUCGGCAUGGGCAGCCACUCGACGAACUCCGUCUUCGGCGCCGUGCACAACACAGGCGCCCUGGCAGGCCACUCGGCGGGCGGCAGUUCUGGCGGCAGCGCGGUCGCUGUGCGCUCUGGUGCCGCACAGAUCGGCCUUGGGACAGAUACGGGGGGCUCGAUUCGCUUGCCAGCAGCGUACACGGGCACGGUGGGUUACAAGCCCAGCUACGGCAUGAUCUCGAGGUUCGGCGUCGUGCCGUACGCCAACUCGCUCGACACGGUCGGUUUCCUGGCGCGUGAGGUGCAGCCCAUCUGGGAGCUGGUCAACGAGAAGCGUCUAUAUGCGGAGCACGACCCGAAGGACCCGACGAGCUUGUCUGAUGCCGCGCGUAGGAGGUGUACCAAGGCUCGAGAGUACUAUGUCCCUGAGGGGGCUGCGGCGAAGACUGUUCCUGGUGAUCAUAUUCUUGGGUCGAUGACGUUCGGUAUACCGCUAGAGUACAAUAUCGAAGAGCUGGAUCCGAGAAUUCGAGCAGCGUGGACCCGAAUUGGGGAGAGACUACAGGAGCUGGGUGCGCGUGUCGUGCCGGUAUCAUUGCCUUCAACAAGACAUGCAUUAUCAGCAUACUAUGUCAUUGCACCGGCUGAGGCCUCGUCGAACCUAGCCAAAUACGAUGGUGUCCGUUACGGCAAGCGCAGUGAGGCGAGUGAUGGGGCCGGCGAAGUGCUUUACUCUGAGACUCGCGGCGCCGGGUUUGGCGAGGAGGUCAAGCGGCGCAUUCUGCUAGGGUCAUACACUCUCAGCUCCGAGGCGAUGGACAACUACUUUAUUCAAGCGCAGAAGGUGCGACAGCUCGUCAGACGAGACUUUGACCGUGUCUUCGCGCUGGCGAACCCGCUACACGAUGAGGAGCACUUCGAUCUCAGCGAGAUGGACGAUAGCGUGUUACUGGAGAACAAGUUUGGUCCGACGCAGGUCGAUUUCCUACUCUGUCCCACUGCGCCAACACUGCCGCCGACGCUCGAGGCAGUCUUGGACCAGACACCCCUUGACGCGUACAUGAAUGAUGUCUUCACUGUUCCUGCAAGUCUCGCGGGACUGCCCGCAUUAAGUCUACCGAUGAAGCUGACACCAGACUCGAAAGGUACCAGUAACGGCGAAGAUGUUGCUGGCCUGCAACUGAUCGGGCAGUAUUGGGAUGACGCUCGCCUACUUGCGGUUGCCGAACUGCUUCGCAAGCCUCUUGAUACGUGA